UGGAAGAAGGAAGAUGCUCGCCCACUGUGGUUUUUUGGUACGUGGGAGUGUUCGCAGUCACAAAACCAGCAAGUUAAUGGUGGUCUUAAUUAUCUUGGGAGGCAGCGAGAGCCACCUGUGCGUCUGUGCCAUUCGGCCCCUGCUGCUGUGGUCCGACAGAAGGCUGUGGAUGUGAAAACAGAAGAGUUCAAACUGGUCUACAGGUUUCCGGGGAUUAAGUACUGCAGGGUGCUCUCCAGACUGAAGCUGUUACAGACUGCCACCACCAUGGUCAUGCUGCCUCCCAUCUGCUACCUCUAUCUGCAAGACCAGGUUUCUCAGAAUAUCCUCAUAUAUACAACUGGCAUCGCGGUCUUUGCUGGUGCAAUGUUGUAUGGUAUGAGCUACUUUUUCAGACGAAUUAUUGGAUUCAUCUACUUAAAUGAAACUGGCCGUACCGUCAGAGUGGCCCACUUGACGUUUUGGGGAAAACGGAAUGACAUUUACUGUCCCAUAGAGGCAGUGAUGACUUUGGAUGAAGUUGGAGAUAGCAAGGAGGAGCUACUUCUCCAGUUCAAACGGGCUGAUCACCCCUGCAUCUGUGUCCAUGAAGGACAGCGGUCUUAUUCUGUGGUGUUGGUAUGAUUUCUCAUUUUCCAAAACCUCAGCAGAAAUGAGGAGCAGGAUUUAAACUCGAGAAAGAAUCAAACCUGAUCACUUGUAACAUGAAAAACUUUUUGUG